AUGAUUUUAUCAUCUCAACAAGAAUCAAAAUUUUCUGCAGCACUUUCAAAACGAUUUGAAAAUGAAGGUGUACAUUCAUUUAUGGAAAAUUUCGAGGCUGUUGCCCAAAAACAUGAACAACGACGACAAAAAAUCAAAAAAGAAGGUGAUGUUGAUAAUGACAAAAGUCCACUUGAAUAUCGAUUAACUAUCGCCGAAAAACUUCAAGGUAUAACACAAAAUGAAUAUGAAUUACUUUAUACUGAAACAUUAUAUACAAUAAAACAUAAAAUUGGUUCAAUAACAUCAAAAUAUAGUGGAGGAGAAAAUGAUCUUUAUGCUUAUGCCCAAGAAGCAUUUGGAUUAUUAAGUGAAGAUCAUCAACGUUUAUUAGCCAAAGCUAAUGAGGAAAAACCUCCUAUAUUGAUUUUAAAUGUUGAAAUAGUUGAAGCAAAAGAUUUAGAAGCUAAAGAUGCAAAUGGAUUUUCGGAUCCAUAUUGCAUGUUGGGUAUUGUACCUGAAAUACGUAAAUUUGUUAUACCUCAACAAGGUAAUGGUGGCAACAGUGGUGGUGGAAUGUCAUCCGAUGAAGAAGGAGCUAAUGUGACGUCACCAAAUGAUAAUAAACUUGGUUUUAUGAAACGUUUACGAAGUUUUCGAAAAUCUACAGUACGACGUGCACAAGGUCGUGAAAAAAACCAUUCAACUACUGGUACAAGUCCUUAUUCUGUUUUAAAAGAUAAACUUCCAGCAAAAUAUAUUCAAACAACUGAUGUUAAAAAAGCAACACUCAAUCCAAUUUGGAUGGAAAAAUUUCGUUUUGCGAUUGAAAGUGGAAAAACUGAAACAUUUCAUUUGGAUAUUUGGGAUCAUGAUGAUGAAUUUUCUGUUUUUGAAGCAGCAAAAAAACUUAAUCAAGUUCAAGGUUUUAAAGGACUUAAUCGUUAUUUUAAACAAAUAGCUCAAUCAGCACGAACAAAUGGCUCAACUGAAGGUUCACAUAUUGAUGAUUUUUUAGGUUCUGUUAAUCUUAAAAUAAGUGAAAUUCCAUCAACUGGUAUUGAUAAAUGGUUUUCAUUAGAAGGUCGAAGUGAAAAUUCUAAAGUUCGAGGUCAAAUACAUAUUCGAGCUAAAUUAACAACUCGAGAAGAUCGUGGAGUACCUGAAGAAGAUAAUUGGACAGAUAUUAAACAACAUGUUGAACUUUUACAAAUAUUUAUUGAUCAUGAAUUAAAUAAAUUUAAGGGUGAAAAAACUCAUUGGUCAGGUGAGUUAUCGCGUGAUGCUGAAACAAUUUUACAUCAACAUGCGAUACAAGGUGAUAUAACAGAUAUUCAACGUUCAAUGUGUCGUUGGAUCGCAUAUUCGAAAAAACAUCUUGAACGUACAUUAUCAAAUAGAUUAUUAUUAUCUAUUACUGAACAAUUAGAACAAACGUGGCAAUCAAAAUCAUUAAGUCGAGAUGAGAGUGAUAUGUUAACAGAAGCUUUUACAUUAUUUUUAAAUUAUUGUUUUAAACAAUUAACAAAAAUUCGAGAAAUAUUUCCAGCUAAUAAUAAAACAUCCAUAGAAAGACUUGAACAACUUUUAACAAUUAUCGCAAAAUUACAUGGUAUGGAAAUAUUUCAUUAUUGUUGUCCAUUUCAAAAUGAUCUUCAAUUUGAAAUAACAUCGAUUAUUAAAGCAGGAACAGUGGAAUGGUUUGAUCGAAUGGUGACACAAAUAACCAAACCAAGAUUACGAUCGGAUGAAGAUACAUUGAGGAAUACAAGUGAAUUAGUUUAUGUUAUAAUUGCUGAUGCUCAUUCAGCUGUUAAAUAUUAUAAUCCAAUAUUUGAAUCUAUCGUCAAAAUGUCAUUUUAUAAUAUAUCAUUUAAAAAAGUCGAUGGAAAAUUAAUGGAUAUUGUUAUAAAAGCUCUUGAAGAAGAACUCGGUGAUCAAAUUCAUCAAUCUCCAUCGAAAUUAUUAGAAAAUAAAGAAUCAGAUGCAGCUGAUAUUCUUACAUUUGCAGCAUCAGCUGAACAAAUAAGUUUAUCAUUAUUUGAACUUUAUUUAUCACUUCAUGAAUUAGCAAAAUAUAGAAUUUAUGUUAAUGAAACUGAUCGAAUAAAUUUAAAAAUCACACAAUAUCAUAAUUAUUUUGGUGCAGCUGUUAAAAAAUGGUUAUCAGUUGCUCGAAAUAAAAUUCUUUAUCGAAUUGAACGUUCAGUUGAAAAAGAUAAAGUAGAAGGAUCAAGUACAACAGCAUAUAAUAAUAAAUUUACAAAUUCAUCAUUAGAUGUAUCAAAUUGUUUUAGUCAAAUAUCACAAUUUUGGCGACGAUUAGCUUGGCCUGAUAUAAUUAGUUCUAUAACAUAUUUAAUAAAAAUUACUGAAGAUAUGGCAAAUGCAACACGUUUAUAUGCAACAUUAGUUGAAGGAAAAUUAAAUGCAAGAAAAUUUUAUGAAACAAAUGAUUUAUCUUAUUAUACACAUGAACUUUCAUUAACUGUGAAUGAUAUUGAACGUAUAAGAGAAUCAUUUAAAACAUUACCAAUUGAAUUAUCUUAUGAUAAAUUAUUAGUCGCAGCAGAAAAAUUUCAUCCAAUUGCUGUUGUUGAUGAAUAUAGAAAAAAAAUUGAAACAACUGUUGCAAUGUGUAGUCAAGAAAUAACAGAUAGAAUUUAUCAGAUAUUAAGUAAAGUUGUUACAAAUGUGGAAAUGGAAUUAAAACAAAAUUUAUUUCAUAUUAUCGAAGCACCGGAACUUAUUUCAUUUCAAGAUGCAACUCAACCACUUUUUACAUUUCUUGAAAAAAGAAUUUUUCCAUAUAAAGAAGUUUUAAUUAGACAAAAUUUUACAAGAUUAUUGGAACUUGUUUGGUCUGUUCUUAUUGAUCAACUUUUAUCAGAAAUUGAAAAAGCUUCGACAGUUCGAUCAACAUCAUCUUAUACACGCUUAACAAAAGCUCUUGAUUCUUUUGUCGAUUAUUUUAAUUCCGAUGAACAAUAUUUACCAAAAGAUUUGCUCAAAACUGAUAAAUACAAAUUAAUAAAAAAAUUAUUAAAAUAUCACACGACUGAUACACAUUCAUUAAUCAAAUUAUAUUAUCAAGAAAAACUACAUGAACAAGAACGUGCUGUUAUUAUAAAUCAAUCUUCGAAUUUUCCUGAUCUAGGAAAACUUUAUUGUCGUGCAUAUUAUCAUUUAAAAGAAGAAACAUUAUAUGUUGAAAUUAUAUCAUGUAAAAAUCUUAAACCUUGUGAUUCAAAUGGUUUAAGUGAUCCAUAUGUUGAAGUUCAGUUAUGUCCGAAAUUUUUAUAUCCUCAUAUUGAAAAACAACAAACAUCAAUUGUUAAAAAAACGUUAAAUCCAUCGUUUAAUGAAAAAUUUGAAUUUCGUUUAACAGAAAAAGAAUGUAAUUUAUCUGGAGGUGUAAUUCAUUUUACUGUUAUGGAUCAUGAUUUAAUGUGGUCAAAUGAUUUUGAAGGUGAAGCUUUUCUUGAAAUAUCGAAAGUAUCAGGAAUUCCACAUGAAUCAAAUAGUGAUACGAGACCUUUAGAUGAAUUAAAACAAAUUGAACUUUCAUUAACACAUCCAAAAGCUGUACGAAGUCGUAUCAUUGAGAUAUUAGAAGUACGUGUAUCAGAUAAAACGGCUACUGAAUUCGUUCGACGACGACGAGAAACAGAAAAUCAAUAA